AUGGUGACCUUGGAUUUUUAUCGACUUUGGGGGCAUCCAAGCGCUUCCCCAGGCUCGAAGAAUGUUGCUGGACUCGGUAAUUUGGGCUACCACACUCCCCGUCUACCUCUAGUGGACCUUGUUCAACAUUCUGAUUCUAUGUUGGACCACCACUGGAUCCGUCGCUUCCCAGAGCCAGUGCGUUGCCUGGACGGCCGACAGGUCCAAUAUCACCUACACACACAGAGUAAGAAGGAUCAAUGUGUAACUAAGCCAAUUGUUUUCUGUUCGAGCAGAAUACGCCACCACCUCUAG